GGAAAGAGGAGGGCUGAUCUCCUAACAAACAGCUGUUGCAGCUGUAGAGAACAAAAAGGAGGAAAAUCAGGAGCAGCAGCAGCAAUCUGACCCCUGCAAAGUAUGAAAGGGCAGUGAUGUCUCCUGGGAGGUAAAUUAUGCCAACAAAUCUUUCUGUGCUUAUAGAAGUGAUGAUAUGAAUAUCAGCCACCCUGCACAACAGAAAGAGAGGAACUUUACCAUGAACACCUACCUCUUUGUGUAUGACUUAAUGCAAUUCUGUGGACAUUCCUGGAUAUUUACAAAUAUGAUCAUCAGGUUCAUGUCAUUUGGAAAAGAUUCAUUGGCUGACACCUUUUACUCCAUAGGGCUUGUAAUGCGCCUUUGCCAGUUAUUAUCUAUACUGGAGAUCCUACAUAUCCUUAUUGGCAUUGAAAAAGGCUGUCUCUUCCCCAGGUGUCUGCAGAUCACUGAGAGAAUAAUUGUUUUGUUUGUUGUGAUCAACAGCCAGGAAGAAGUUCAAGGGAGAUAUGUCGUCUGUGUUCUGUUUUUCCUUUGGAAUUUAUUAGAUGUGGUCAGGUACACUUACAGCAUGUUAGCAAGGAUGGGAAUAUACUACCAACCACUGACAUGGCUCAACUUCUCACUGUGCAUCCCACUUUAUCUGCUUUCAGUUCUGGCUAAAGCAUUUGCAAUUUGUGUAUCACUGCCUUAUUUUGAAUCCUUUGGCACAUACUCCAUCAAGCUACCAUUUCCAUUCGCCUUCUCAAUCUACUUCCCCUAUGUUCUGAAAAUGUACCUGCUAGUGCUGUUUACAGGUAUGUGCUUUAUCAUCCAGAGCCUCUUCUCCGAAAGGAAGGCACACCUAGGGACAGGCAACAUCAAAAAGAAAAGAAGCUAAGUUGAUAUUUUGUUUGGAAAUAGGAUAUAUAUUCCCAGUGGGCUGCUGCAUAUCAUAGUUUAAAAAGAAAUUAGACAACGAUUUUCAGUGCAAAACUCCUGUCUGCAUAUAUAUUAUUUGGCUGCACAGAAUCUUCAGAAGAGGCAGGUCUCUCUAAUGCACUUCAAAAAUGGAGCAGCUCAAAAUAACUACCUACUUUUGAAAGUUUUGACUUCAAAUGGCAGGAGUUUUUAAAAUUAGUAUAUCUCUAUUAACAUAAUUAGAGAACUCUGAAAAAAAUUGAAGAGUGCCUCCACUCACCAUCAUACUAACAACCCUUAUUUUGGCGUUAAUUCUUGCCUUAUUAGCAACAGAUAUUCUGUAAUGACAAUACCAUUUAAUAAGAUUAUUUUAUAUUAGGCCAACAUGUAUGUGCCUCAUAUACAUGUAAAUAUUAAAUUGGCUACAACAGGAAUCUUUCAAGGAGCAGAAGCUGGAAAGUUUGUGACCUGUGACAUUCACACGCUAAUUAGACUCAGGUAUUCACAAAAGAUGCCGCACAUUCUGGCCCAAACUUCACUUCUUCAAACAAGGUUCCAGAAAAUUCAGCUAAAUCACAAAGGCAAAGUGAUCAGGUACUCAUCUACUACAUAUUCAUGGGGUCAGAAGUAAAAACUUAGAAUCAUGUGUCUGGCACACAUUAAGAACCACUUCCUCCACAAUGAUUUUCUUUCAUGCUGAACAGCAGACAGAUGUGCAAAAGAAGUGUGAUGUAGUCAGGCCAAAUACAUAUUGUUCUUUAAAGGGAAGUGAAUGACUAUCAAAAGGCAUGUACAAAAUUCUAGCCAUUUUAUUCAAGUGUGUUGCUCCCCAUACUUCUGUAGGACUACCUGUGGGAAUGCAACUAGAGAACAGUCUCUUCAAAGGUUGGGAAUGAAGAAUGUGGACAGCAACCCAGCAGACUGUACAGGCAAAAUGGAAAAGUAACUGCUUAGAGGCUGGCAGGGGAUUUUCUGAUGUUUCAUUUAUAUUGAUUAUUGCCUACAAUAAGCAGGUGUGGGGAAAAAAGUGAGGCUAUUUUCUUGACCUUGACUGAAAACUAGGGGGAGGGAUGAAAGAUAAGAGCUGGAGGAAAGAAAGAUACUGUUUAAGGAGAAAAUGGACACUAUCACAUUAUGAGGAGGAUUUUGCCUGUAUGACUUUCUAAACCAUGCAGCCUAAGAGGGUAUGUAAGAGCAAAGCUGGCCUCAAUGAACACAGCUGUUAUGAAAGGUCACCUACUAACAUUUUUAUUUAUUUAAUAUAUGUGGCAGAUAAUUGACUACUGGAGCAUUUGCACAUCAUAAGCAACAAGGUCAUGCACGCAAUAGUAUAGGGUCAACCCUGGAUUUUUUUUUUUUGAAAGCACUGCAAACAGGUAGGAAUUUGGAACAUAUCAGAGAAACAGAAGUACUCCCACUUUGGACUUCUGUCUGACCAAAACUGAUUCAAAUGUGGACAAUGUGAAGAAAUUUAUAGAGCAGCUGAAUAGGAUCACAGCUUUGAAGAAGAGCCAGAAUAAGAACACUUCACAUCAAACCACAAUAUAACAUGCUGGAGGUGAAACAUGGACAUUUUUCCCCUUGGAAGUUCAACCUAAUGUGUUUGUCAUCAAACUGCCUGGAGUUCACACACCCUGUAGGAGGAAACAUGACAUAUGAUAUCGGAGCCUACAUGGCAAGGCUUCGGCAGUGGGGAAGCUGCAGGGAUGGCUUCUGUGAGAAGAAGCCAUGGGCUUCCCCUGUGACAGACACAGCUGGUUCCAGCCAGCUCUGAAACAGAGCCAUCACAGGACACUGCUGAGCCGAAGAGCAAAGCUGAUGGUGCCUCUGUGCAAACAUUUAAGAAAAUGUAAAAAAUGCUACGCAGCAGCUGUGAGAGAGAAUAAUAAGAAAAAUGUGAGAGAAACAGCUCUGCAGACACAACACUCAGUAGGGAAGGAGGAGACGAGGUGCUCCAGCCAUUGCAGCAGUUUUCCCUGUGGCCCAUGGAGAAGACAGUGGUGGAGCAGGUUGUCCCUCUGCAGCACACAGAGGACCAUGCCAGACAAGAUAGCCACACUGCAGCCUGUGGAGGACCCCACGCUGCAGCAGGUGGAUGUGCCCUGAAAGAAGCUGCAGCCCACAGAGAGCCCACACAGGAGCAAGUUCUUGGUAGGAACUGUGGCCCAUGAGGGACCCACACUGGAGCAGCAUUUUCCAAUGGACUGUACCCCAUGUGAAGAACCCAUGCUAGAGCAGUUCUUGAAGAGCUGCAGCCUGUGAGAAGGAACCAUGUUGGAACAGUUCAUGAAGGACUGUAUCUCAUGAGAGGGACACCAUGCUGGAGUAGGGGAACAGCAUGAAGAGGAACAAGCAGAGAGAUUAAGGUUUAUGAACUAACUGCAACCCCCAUUCUCUACCCACCUUGCACUGCUUGGGGUGGGAGGAGGCAGAAAAGUCAGGAAUGAAGCAGUGAAGCUGAGACUAGAAAGAAGAAAGGGGUGGGAGGAAGGUGUUUUUAGUUUUGUCUUUGUUUCCUACCAUCCUACUCUAUUUUUAAUUGGCAAUAAAUUACUCGUCUCUAA